UAAUUAGAUGAAGUACUCGUAAGAAUUACUUGUACCCAUGGGUGUGAAAGUGAAACAUGUAGGGCAGCGUUUGGUGCUGUCGAGUCAGUACCGGUGCUCCGAAUGUACACAUGUACUCGCCAAAUUUAAUUGUCGGAAUCACCUGAUUUUUUAAGUUCGAUCCAUACAGUGUUUACAUUCGCGAGUUUAUUGGCUCUUGGAAAAUCGAGUGAUCAUUUUGUUACUUCGCAAAAUUAUAUGGCCGAAUUAUAAAACACGGUUGCAGACGAUUGUGUAUUUUUUUUUGUCCAGCAGAAGGCACAGCUGACACGCACGUAUAUAUACAUAUAUACACAUCACUCAAACCAUGGAGAUCGACGAGUGUUCUGUCAAUGGUGACUCUGGGGCAGAAGAAGAUGAAGAUGAGGAACUAUUACCGGGUUCAGCAACUGAAAGUAGCAACAACAGUAGUGGUAGCAGUACUGCAAGUGACAGUGGGGAAGAAAGCGCAGAUGACCAAGCCACUAGUUCUUCAGCCGAGACUGACAGUUCAGUGGAAGAGGAUGAGGAAGAAAACGAAACAGUUGAGCAUCCAGAAGAGAGGUGGGAAACCUGCAUAGCUGCUGGUACUAAGUUAAAACUGCCUCAGGACUUGUGUGAACAUGAGUCAAUAUUCAAGGAAAUGCUCGACUAUCCAAAGUUUUGGGAUGAGUGUUUGACUGAAAGUCAAAAGGAAUCACUGUACAGUUUCUUGCCAAACUUUCCAAAAGACUGCAAUAUUGAACUAGAACUAGACCGUACUCUCAACAUGCUUUUCAGCGGAGAGCUUGAUAGGUUUGGUGUUAAGCCCCUUGAUGAUUUUCAUAAGCAUUUGUCAGCUGGUCACUUCAGGCCAGACAUAAAAAGGAUGCGUACUUUAGUUAAAAAAGCUCAAAUAAAGAAACUUUUGUUCGAAGAACGUAAGCAUGCCUAUGAGUUUACAGAAGAGCUCUUAAAAUCACGGGAAAUUUUGCUCACAAAUGCCUACAAGCAAGGCUUCAGUCAAACAUCGCAUCGACAGUCGACGAAAUCAAAGCUACCUCUCAAAAAACCAAAGCCCGACAUACUGGAAGAACGGACGCAGCUGCGAUACGCUGAAGAGAUGAACGCGAUAAACGCCGCGCUGGGCGCGAGCUCUCAGUACUCAGAGUCCGAGUCUGACAUAUCGGACGACGACGAUGACGGUAGUAGCAGCAAUCUUAUGACGCCCGCCCAGGCCAGCACUGGUGGCAAGCUACAACAGCAGCUGCAACUGCUUCAGCAACAACAGCGUAGGAAAAAGCGCGCAGCGCUAGUAGCCCAACAGCAACAGAUGCUACCAACGAGAGCCAUGCAUUUGACUUGCCCCGGCGAUGAAGCCAUUAGGCCCGUGUACUCGACCCUGCAGAGGAAUGGCACCGAAUCCAGUGGUGUGGGGGUAGGCAUGAGUUUUGUAACGUCAAGGCCAGACCUGAGCGAAGAUUCGUACAAGGCCAUGCUGAUGGUUCACAAGAAAAGGAGAGCCCGGAAAGAUGCACAUCCCGAGCUGAAUACACAUGGCAUAGCUCUUUCGGAUCUGAUGCAACGAGCGCAGCUUGGUCAGAAGCACAAGAUUUCGUUCUUGCCUCGCGUGUCGUCGUCCAAGAAGCGAAUAAAGUUAGAGCAGCCGCAGCUGCCGUCGCAUCCGCUACCGCAAAUUCCGCAGCUCCAAUCGCAGUCGCAACAGCAACAGCAGCCACAGCAGAUGCAAUUGCUGAAACAAGAGUCUCAACCGCAAUUGCUGUUGCAAGAGCCACAGCCGCAGCAACAGCAGCAGGUGCAAGCGCAGCCGCUGUUGCAGGUACAGCCGCAGCAACAGCUCAUAAUGCCGAUGAAGAUGAGUACAACGCCGAUUAAAAUGGAGAGCGACACAAACAGCUACACGAGCGGUGAUUACUCGAUUCACAGUAGCGAUGAUCUCAGGCACUUGGAGCAACCGGACAAUAAGCCUCCCGAGUACCUGCUCGCCGAUGAGGAGGAUAUUAAGGACGAGCCCGAAGAUUUUAUCGAUCACAUAGACGCCAUUGAAAAUAUCGAGCAUUUGGAGUCGAUCGAGACUGCAGAGGAUAACAAGUACGAUAUCGAGCCGCCACCGGCUCAGCUGCCCUCGACGAUAAUGGAUGAGGAGCCCGAGCCGUUGCCCGACGAAAUGAUUUCUCCGCUUCCGGACAUCAAGGAAGAAAUCGAGGACAUGGACUUUGAGCCGGUCGAGGUGAAGGUCGGUCACGGUAUCAUCGUCAGCGAAGAGAUACCCCUUGCUGUGCCGAUUUCCACGGAAGAGGACGAUGAUCUCGACAAAAAGGACGAAAUAGAUUUGGACAGUAUCGACAUGAUGCAGCUGCCGAUCCAGCUGGAGGACGGUAUAGACAUCCUUGCAGAUGUCAAGUGCGAGGAUGGCAACGUCAUUACCAUACCGGACAAUGAUUUGUCUGACUCGUUGGUCGAAGACAUGGUGAUCAACGGGGACGAGCUCAUGCAGGAAACACAUUCGUGCUUCUUCUCGCUCAUAAGAGAUGUCUUCCUGUCGAAGGGGGAGUACCGCAUGAAUCGUUCCGAAAUGAAGGACGCCGUCGUGAUCUGGCAGGACAACCCGAUUUCUCCGCUGAACGACUGGUACUCUUUGGUUCCUUCUUGGAUGACUUUGGUGCCGCUAGCCUUGGGCUUUCUCGCCGGGGAAUUGAUUUAUCCGCAGGAUCCACUUCUGGAUGGUGGUCAAGAACUUGUGCCUUACCUCGAAAACAAGGGCAAGGGUGUCUACGCUUGGAUAGGCGCCGGCAGAGAUUCUGACUCUCGUCUGUCGAUACUGUGUACCAAGUUUUUACUCUACAAAGAUUUGCUAGUGCCACCAAAAUCCCUCGCACUGCCGUCGUCGACAACCAAACAAAUGCUGCAGCAGCAAGUGACCUUGUUGAGCUCAAACAGUGUGGACACGACAGAUGCAUCAGCUUCGACGGACGGUAUUUUACCGCUGGAUGGUUUGCCGUCCAGUUCGCCCGAGUGGGAGCCACCAAAAGCUCUCUGCGCAACCAUCUGGAAGGUGCGACCCUCGACAGCUGAGGAGCGCGAGGAGUUCCGCAGGCAGGAACGCUUGCGGUACGCAGCUCCGCACAAAGCGUUUACCUACCACAUGCACGGAUACUCGUCCGUUGUCGGUCCCGUGAAGGGCAUCUACCAGCAUAACGCGAGCUCGGGUGUGACGAAAGCUCGUGGCCAUACUCUUCUGGUGCCGGACAGACCGAACUUUGUGACGAUCCUGGCGUUGGUGCGCGACGCAACUGCUCGCCUACCCAACGGCGAGGGCACGCGCGCCGACAUUUGCCAGCUACUCAAGGAUUCGCAGUACAUCCAGGAAGAUAUUUUCACCAACGACAAAGAGGCCAAUUUGAACAAUGUCGUGUCGGGUGCUCUGGAUCGCUUGCACUACGAGCACGAUCCUUGUGUCAGGUACUAUCCUAAGAGGAAAGAAUGGCUCUACUUGCACAGAGCUCGGUCGGAAUCGGAAUUUGAAAUGUACCAUCAACAACUGCAAGGCGUACCCAAAAACAAAAAGAGUUCAGGCGGAUCGUCGAGGAGUAAAGCACAGGCUGCCAACAAAGCGAAAGAUUUGGGCUCUACCAUCGUCAAAGAACCAGCUGCUAAAAAGGAAAAGAAGAGCUCUGCGCAGUCGAACAUUGCAAGGAAAGAAGCAGCUGCCAAGAGGCAAGAGGAGAAAUUGGCCAAUGCCGUCGUCGACCAAUCCAUCUCCGCGGAUCAGCAGUUGAUUGUCGUGCAACCACAAACGCAACAGCAGCAACAACUACAAAAACAACAGCUGCAGCAGCAAUCCUUGUCCUCUUUGGCCCAGUUGUCGCACUCGGCGUUUGUAGCGGUUACGUCGGUGGCUUCGAUGACAACGGUACCGAUCACGAUAACCGUGCCGAGCGGUAGCGCUACGCCCGCUCUGGUCAAUGUUGCCACGACGGUGCCAAUGACGUCGGCUCAGGUCUCUUCCAGCAGUGCCAGUGCCCAGACGAUUCUCAACGUGGCAGCGGCCAAUACGACGGCCUCGGUGCCACAUAUGGUGGCGCCUGUUGUGGCGCACGGCGUCGCGACAGCGCCGGAAAAAGAUAUGUCUGCCGUUGUCGAAACAAAGCCCCAGGUGACCCUCAACACCGCCAGAGGCCAUUCCAGUCCAAGCUCGGCGAAAAAGAUCAGCAGCGUCAAGCCAGUGGCCGUGGUCAAGGCGUCCGGGACGCAGAGUCUCCUGCAGUCGAAUCAACCGCACUUUGCUCAGCAGCAGAUCCAAGUGUCCACCUCGGCCGGAGUCCAGACGAUCCGACUGUCUGGCCACUCUGUGCUGCAGUCCUCCCAAUCGAACGCUGUGUCCAGCACGAACGUGCAGACGCUGUUUCCGACCUCGGCUAAGAUCAUCCAGACUCAGGCUCAGCAGCAACAGCAGACGGUGCUGGCGACGCAGCCGGGCAAAAGUAUCCUGCAGACCUCGAAUCUCAAGCAACAGCAGCAACAGCACGUGAUGCCCACAAAAUUAUUGGCUUCCCAGAUCAAACUAGCAGUGAGCCAGAAUCAAAUAAAAUCCCUGCUGGCGCCCGGUCAGACGAUCUUGAUAAAGCAAAGCCAGCCCUCGACCUCGGCGUCGCAAGCUCAAACUCAGCAAAGCCAGCAGGUCCAAUCGCAGGUCCAGCAGCGCGUCGUCACCGCAGCGUCAACCCAGCAGGCAGGGCAGCAACAACAGCAGAACACGGGCAUGCACGGGAGGAUCAUUGCUCAGAUAGGUGGCAAGCAGAUUGCCGUGAUCCAACAGCCGUUCCAGCAACAGCAGCAACAGCAGCAGUCGAAGGUCCUGGCCAAGGUGUUGACGAGCUCCGGGAGCCAGUACAUCUCGGUCGAGAGUUUGUUGAAUCAAAAGGGAUUGAAGCUUGCCACGACCGCUGCUCAUGCGAAUCAGCUCGCCAGGCAGGGUAACAAGCUCAUUCAAACGCAGUUUCAGAUGGUGACCCAAGCCCAGGCGGCGGCUGGUCAGCCCAACAAAAUCAUAGUGAGCACGCAGAGCCAACAGACUGCGACGUCCGUGACCUCGGCUGGACAGCAGCAGACAGUGCGGAUGGUCACGGCGCAGCUGGCAGGCAAGCCGAUCGUCUUGACGAGCAGCGGGGGCAAGACCGUCGGUCUGAACGUCGCCACGGCGGGCAACGUCGUUCUUGGUAAACAGGCCGCCGGCUCCUCGGGCCAAGCCGGCCAGCAGCCGAUCAUCCUGAACAGCCAGCUCUUGAACAUAAAGACCCUGCACGGGCUCAAGGUCAUACCCACGCCGGCAGGACUCAAGACCGGAGCUGCAGUUUACGCGCGGGUCAUCGCGCCCACGUCGAUCAAUCAGACCGGCCAGGCCAACGUUGUUACUCAACAGCAGUCGCAACAACAACAACAACAACAACAACAACAACAACAACAACAACAACAACAACAACAACAACAACAACAACAACAACAGCAACAAGCUGGUCAGCAGCAACAGCAGGUGCAGAACAAUGGUCCCUUUGGUGGGAGCCAGUGAUUAUGCCUCGGUGACUGUUUUUUCGUGCUUCUUUCGCGGCGGAGCCUUUGUGCGCUUGCGGUAUUAUUAUAGGGAACAACAGACGCGCUGUUUGGUACUAGUUGUACGAUUCGUAAGAUAAAGUGUAAAAAUAAGGUCAGUAAUUAGAAAUUCUUCAAAAGGUGUACAUUUUUAUUGAAACUUUUCAAAUUCUAUUUGUAAAAA